ACUUACUAUAAGGAAAUAAAACCUUGACGACACUACUUUUGGAUUGCCCUAAGUAGGUUACCCAACCAACCACUCGAUAGGUAUUUCGACGCGUCGAUUUUGGCUUCCGUUGGGCAUCGAAAUUUCAAAUCGACCCCUGGAAGUGCCAUUUUCCGAUAGGUCGUUUUUACUAGCAGUUUUCAACCACUCAAAUAGUCGUUUCCGAUGGAUCGAAAUUUCGUUUUAAAAAAAAAAUUUAUUCGAUGGAUGUCUCAAUUUCGAGUUAUUCAAACCCAUAGAAUAUACGUUUUGAAACCUAUCGAAGAUAUGCGGAGAAGUAGAUUUGAACAUGGGUACUUACGAUGCAUCUUCCUCGAACAGUUAAUCUAAAUAUGAACUAUUAUUUGUAUAUCAAAACGACCUUUUUAAUUCAUAAGAAGAUGGUAAUUGUUCAUGCUUUUUGAUGUUUGAUUUUAUUUUUUGUCCACAGAGAAAAAUUUCUUUUAAACAUUAGUAAUAAUAUUUGUUAUCCAGAAAAAAAAUGAUUUUUUGAACACUAAAAAUUAUAUUUUUUAUCGAAAAAAUUCUUUUUAUAAAGAAAAAAAUUUUAUCAAGAAGGAAAACUUUUUCUAUCUCUGUAAGUGACACAAGAACUUUUUUUAUUUAAGAUUCCGUAUAAAUCACUUCUGUAAUAAAUAUGACGUGCAAUAUGUGAUAAUCGACCAAUUUGCACAUGGACGCAUGAGGUCAAUAUUUAGUAAUUUUCUUAAAAUUCACAACGUGGGCAUUCAUUAUUGCUAUGUCUUAGUCAAAAAAAGCAGGCGAAUAUUAGUUUUAGUUUCAAUCGGUGGACGAUCAAUUUUGAUCAGAAAAUUCUGAAAUUAAGGUGAAUUAUGAAGCAAACUCGAAUAAUUCUACUAAAAUUAUUGAAUAAAAAUAAAGAAUAUUUUAAAAUCGGAUUUUGAAGUUUCACAUGAUCAAGAUUAUAGACUCCUCUGCCGAAACUGUUAUUAUGAUUGAUUUGACUCUUUGGAAGCACUCAAUAUGAUCCUUUCAAUAUGUUUGUUUUAGUCGAGUGAUUAAAAUGUGUUAGAGGAGUCGGUAGUAUUAUUUCGAUGGGUGACUUCUCUCGGAGGACUCAAAACUUCGAUGAGUGCCGAGGUGUCGAAAUAUAUACGACGAGUCGAAAAUGAGUUGUCGAUAGGACAAAGUGUCCGAGUCCUCGAAAUUCGAUGGAUGUCGAGGGGAUCGAAAUUGAAACAGAACGAACAAAAUAUAUAUAUAUCAAAUUUUCGACCGCUUGUCGCGCCCAUCGUGUGCUUUUUUUUGUUUGCUUGGGUAGUGCCCAAAAAUAUUUGAAAUCUCUUGUUAAUUUAUUUUUCUUUCGGUAAUCCAAAAAUAUCAACUGUUUUUACUCACAAGGAAACAUUUCCAGGUGUCAGAGCGCUUUUCAGCCGAGAUUUCGCGCAUCUUGUAGCUCAUAGUGAGCUGUGUCUAUGGUAAAAAAAGUUCGGGUUUCUGGCUUGUUUCUGAGGAGAUAUCGAGUUCCUAGUGAAUUUUCUCUAUAGUACGCCUACAUUGGCAGCAAAGCUAUACUUUCGAAUUUUGACUUGAAACUUUGCCUGCAUAAAAGCCUUGGCUAGAAUAGUUUGCAUGAAAAAUUUCAGAAGUUCUGACGGUUGAAACUUUAAAAAUUUGUCAAAAUGAUCUGUAAGUUCAAAAGUAUCUUCAUUAAUAAAGACAACUAUUUAUUUUUCUUUUGGCAUUUUUUGGCCAAAUGAAUUAACUAAGCACUAUCGUUUUAUCAAAUUUGAUGAAAAUAUAGAUGAUACUACUACACGUCUUUCACAAUAUAUAAGGUUAAGUCUUAAUACAAAUGCUGCAGCAGUUGUUAAAUUUAUGCAAAAAGGUUGGCUUUUACCAAAACCUGAUUUAAUUAUAUCUGUAACUGGUGGAGCAAAAAAUUUUGAUAUGUCAACACGUCUUAGAAAGAUUUUUCAAAGCGGUUUAAUUUCUGCUGCUAUUACGACAAAUGCAUGGUUAAUUACAGCUGGAACAGAUGCUGGUGUUGUUAAAGAAGUUGGUGAAGCUCUUAAUAAAUAUCGUUAUAAAAAUCGAAAAAAUGAUGUUGAUGUACCAUGUAUUGGUAUUGGUAGUUGGGGUUAUACUACAGAAAAUGAACAACUUGAUUGUCAAUCAACAACUUUCUCUACAGAUGCAAAUACUACAAAAGAAAUAUCUCCAUCCAUGAGACAUCGUCUUAGUAAAAUAACACAUUCUGUUCGUAUGAAACGAUGUGAUUUAGAACCAAAUCAUACUCAUUUUUUAUUAUUUGAUGAUGGACAACCAAAUGCUGAUACUCUUCUACCAUUACGAGCAGAAAUUGAAAAAUAUUGUCGAAAUACGAGCAUAGAUACUGCUACAGACGGAGCAGUUGAAUCAUUGAUACCUAUUAUUAUGGUUUUGGUUGAAGGUGGUCUAUCAUCGAUUCGAACAAUUUGUGAGGCACUUGAUUCGAAUGCGCCAGUUGUUGUUAUCAAAGAGUCAGGUCGUGCUGCUGAUCUUAUUGCUGAAUUACAUACUUGUUAUACUGAAAGCGAGAAUAGUAAUGAUAAUGUUUAUUCUACACGACUACAAACCGGUUUAGCUAAAAGUGGUUCAAAAGAAACAAAGAUCAAUAAAAUUUUGACUAACGCACAAGCUGCUAUUACAGGACUUCAUGAAGUUAUAGAUAAUCUAUGUCGAGUAUUAAACGAACAUAAACAAUUAGUGACAAUUUUCAAAUUUGACAGUAAACGACAUCAUGGAAAUCUUGAAGGUGCUAUUCUAGAAUCUUUAUUUAAUGCUGCAAAAUUUUCUGAUGAUCAUAUUGAACGAAAUCGUCGAACAGCAGAACUUAAAUUAGCUAUAGUUUGGCAUAAAUUUAAUUAUGCUCAAAAAUAUCUUCUUACUGAUACGACAAUAUCUAAAUGGAAAGAAGAUGAUCUACAUCAUGCUCUUGUUGAUACACUUCAUCGUGGUCAUGUUGAUUUUGUUGAAUUACUCAUUGAAUUUGGUACAUCACUAGAAAAAUUGACAAAUGGAGAUCUUAAACAACUUUAUGCAGCAACAUUGACUAAUAAUCGGUUACCACUUAAAGGCAAAGAAAAAACUGCUAUAUGCAGAAGAGAAGAUUUUUAUUCAGAUUAUUUUAAUUUGAUCUUAGUAUGA